AUGGGAAUGUUAAGUUCUCUUCAGUCGCUGCACCUUGGCAGAAAUAAUCUCUUUGGGGAAAUUCCUGCAUCAUUGCAAAACUGCAAAGAGUUAAUUGCCCUUGAUAUUAGUGACAAUAAGUUUUUCGGAAAUGUUUCUAUGUGGAUUGGAGAAAGAUUUACCAAAAUGAUGAUUCUCAACCUCCGUUCAAAUAAGUUUCAUGGUUUCUUACCAAUAGAGCUUUGCCGUCUAACUUCUGUACAAAUCUUAGAUUUGGUUGAUAACGAUUUCUUUGGAAGUAUUCCAAGAUGUAUCAAUAACUUUACAACCAUGGUCACAAUGAGCUAUUCUGGAGUCACUGAACCGUCACACAAUUAUCUUAGUGGAAGAAUUCUUGAAAUUAUUGGUGCUAUAUUAUUAGUGGAGAGCAUUGAUUUCUCCAUAAAUCAACUUUCUGGUGAAAUCUUGCAAAACAUUUCGAGGUUGACAUAUUUGAAUCACUUGAGCUUAUCGAAUAACAACUUAGUUGGAAGCAUUCCUUUGAGCACUCAAUUACAAGGAUUUGAUGCAUCCAGUUUCACUGGAAAUAAACUUUGCGGACCUCCAUUUCCAAAGAGCUGUACUGCAACUGUUCCAAUACCUGAUUCUAAGAAUGCAGAAGAAGAAGAAGACGUUAACAAAGUAUGA